AUGGGUUGUGUUGCCUCUAAACUAGAGGAAGAAGAAGUUGUAGUUAUCUGUAAGGAGAGAAAAAGCCAGUUAAAGAUUGCAGUGGAGAGAAGAUAUGCUCUUGCAGAGGCGCAUUGUAAGUACUUCCAUUCUCUUUUCGCAGUAGCAGCAGCCAUAAAGCUCUUCGUGGCUUGCCAUUCUUCUCCUUCCUCAUCUUUCCUCAUAACAUUUCCCCCACCUUGCCCUGCACCAUCAGAAGCAGAAAAUGUGAUAAACAACCCAAUGUUCCUCCAGCAGACACCGUUUGAGCCAAAGCAUGAAGCUACCACUCGUGAUUCGUGUGCUUCUUCAACAACUUCAGAAUCACAAUCUUCUGAGGAAGAGAGAGAAGAACAAGGGGGCAGAGAAAAUGAAGUUAUGAGAGAAGAACCAGCUGAACAGCCUUUUGGGUACUAUUACAUGCAUAUGCCACCAUCAAUGCCGUCACCGCAGAGAGAUUUCGAGUGGGAUUUCUUUAACCCAUUCGAUGGCAUGAGAACAGAGGUUAUUAGUGGAUAUCGUCGAAACUCAGACGACGAUUUGAGGGUGGUAAGGGAGGAAGAAGGGAUUCCAGAGCUAGAGGAUGAGGGUGAAAGAGACGAUUUUGAGCAGCAAAAGCCGGUGACUGUGGAAGAAAAUGAAGGUGUAAUAGAACAUGUGAGUGGCAAUGUUGAGAGGGUGAAUAUUGUAAAUAUGGCUACUGAAAACGAAAACCAGAGGGGCCUUGCUGUUGUUGAAACGCCGGAGGAAGGGAGGGAAUUGCUGGAUGCUUUGAAGGACAUUGAGGAUUAUUUCGUUAGGGCAUAUAAUUCUGGCAAGAAUGUGACCAGAAUGCUGGAAGCUAAUAGGAUACCCCUUCAGUCUGGUUUAGAGGAGCUAAAAGAAAAUUCAACCAAACUCAUUCAUGCAAUAACAUGGCAUCGGUCCAAUUCCAAGUCUUCAUCAUGCAAGAGCCUCGUGGUAUCAGAUGCGAAAAAUUCUUCAACUUGGACGGAAUAUAAGAAUGACCUAUUUGAUGAUUAUGGGGGAAUGGAUUCAGGAAGCCAUUCAUUAACCUUAGGAAGGUUAUAUGCAUGGGAAAAGAAGCUAUAUGAGGAGGUUAAGGCUGGAGAUAUAACGAGGAAAAAUUAUGAGAAAAAGUGUGCACAAUUGAGAAACAAGGAUGUCAGAGGAGAUGAUGUACAAAGUACGGAUAAAACAAGAGCUGCAGUGAAAGACUUGUAUGCUGGGAUCUUGGUUGCAAUUCGGCGUGCAGAGUCCAUCUCAAAAAGAAUUCAGAAAAUAAGAGAUGAAGAAUUGCAGCCGCAAAUUGUUGAGCUUCUAAAAGGCCUGGCACAAACAUGGAAAGUUGUGUUGGAAUCCCAUGAAACCCAGAGAAAGAUUCUCUCAGAAGUGAAGUCUUUCACCUGUCCCACGUAUGGGAAAUUCUGCAAUGAAUCUCACAGAUUGGCUACUGUACGGCUGGAAACUCAGCUUCGAAAUUGGCAUGCCUGCUUCAGACAAUACAUGGCAGCUCAAAAGGCGUAUGUUGAAGCUUUGUAUGGAUGGCUAAGCAAGUUCAUUGUCCCUGAAGUUGAAUUUUACUCCAGAAGAAAAAAUGUUGCGGUGUCAUAUCAAGCAAACGGGCCACCACUGCUUGUAGUUUGUCACGACUGGUUAGCUUCACUGCAAAAGCUACCUGAUAAAAUGGUGACACUUGCAUUGAAAAGUGUCGUGAAGGACAUGAGAGCUCUGUGGCUUCAGCAAGGUGAAGAGCAGCAGCAGAAAAGGAAAGUAGAUAGUCUGUCAAAAGACUUAGACAGAAGGCAUUCCGGGUUAAACAAGGUGAAAAGUAAGAUGCUCGAGUUGAAAGUCACAGACCAGAAACCAGAGGUGGGAACAGAGCAUGAAGAAGAGCAUGUGAUGGAGAAGAAGGAUCAGUUGGAGGCACUUAGAAGAAAACUGGAGAUAGAGAAGGAGAAGCACCAUAGUUGCAUGCAAGAAACACAGAGGAUCACGUUACAUGGAUUGCAAUCAGGGUUUUCUCAGGUGUUUGAAUCAUUGACAGAGUUCUGCAAGGCAUCCAGAAAAAUGUACAAUGACCUUGUGACAUUCGGUGAAAAUGCUGAUAAGGGUGGGGGCAUGUCUUAUAUAGAGGGCUACAACGCUGAAAACUACAACAGUCAAACAUGA